CCGACUGCCGAGCUGCUUGCACGAGAGAAUCACGUGAGCUUCCCACUUCGCCUUUUUUUAACGCUGCUUCCCUUCAUCCUUUUUCUUUCUCUCCGUUUCAGUUUCCACUUUAUCCGUCAGGACGUUGCUUCGUCAACUUCAAAGCAUCCCGCCGUGAAGUCAACCCCACCGGAGCUCCCAUCUUUCGCCGUGAAACCAGCCGACACCUGAUCUCCGAGAAAUGUAUAACAAUAUGGGACCGCAGCCUGGGGUGCCAAGGCCACCAACAAACACCCAGCCCAGUCCAUUUGGGAAUGCAUUUUAUGGAGCUGGUUCAGGUCUUAUCCGAGGUGGAUUGGGUGCAUAUGGAGAAAAAAUAUUAGGAUCCAGCUCUGAGUAUGUACAAAGCAAUAUAAGUAGGUACUUCUCUGACCCUCAGUAUUACUUUCAACUGAAUGACCAGUAUGUAAGGAACAAGUUAAAGGUUGUUCUCCUACCAUUUCUCCACAGGGGCCAUUGGACGCGGAUAACUGAGCCUGUGGGAGGUAGACUUUCUUAUAAGCCACCAAUCUAUGAUAUAAAUGCACCAGAUUUGUACAUUCCAUUUAUGGCAUUUGGCACCUAUGUUAUUCUUGCUGGCUUAACAUUGGGUCUUCAAGGAAA